UUUUUAUACACAUUUUCGGCUCCUUUUUAAUCCCAAUUAUAACUUACUGUAGUUUUUAUUAGUGGACCAUCAAGAUGGAAGAAUACCUAUCGACAACUGUGUCAAAUCUGAAAUCAGAAAACUAUGCCGCCCUAAACUUAGUCAUAGGCAACGAGAGUUGCGACCUAGACUCAGCGGUGUCCGCUCUUGUCUAUGCCAGUUUUUUGAGCUGGCGACACAGCCAGAUCAAAUGUACCGUGUGUACGCGGCCUACGCCGGGGGCGAAAGACUUGUUGUGUGCGCCGGUCCUUAAUGUUAAUAGGGAGGAUUUUGAGCUUAAAACGGAGGUGGAUUUAUGUAUUAGGGAGAGUGGGGUUAGUAAGGAAAUGUUGGUAUUUAGAAAUGACUACGAUCUUCAAGAACUAGUGACUAAAACUAAAACUAAUGUAGUGUUAGUGGACCAUCAUACUCUAGCCAUCAAAGACAAGUUCCUGGCUCCUUAUGUUACUGAGAUUAUAGACCAUAGACCUAUAGAAAAGACGGAAUGGAACUACAGAGAUGAUACAAGGUCUACUAUAGAAACAGUGGGAUCGUGUUGUACGUUGGUAGCUCAAAGAAUUAUGGACGUGUCGGCGGUAAUGGCAAAAAAGCUCGAAUUCUUCGAAACACAUCCGCUAUGCACACAGCUACUGCACUCAACAAUUAUUCUAGACACGAUGAACUUCUCCAAAGAAGUGAAAAAAGGCACACCACAUGAUUUAGAAAUUGUGACGUUCCUAGAAGGGAUUAUGAAAAUAGAAAAUCCGGAGCAUGAGAGAGCAAGCAAACUGGCAUGUUUGCUAGAGGCCCGGGCCAACGUGUCCCGUCUAACAGCAGCGCAGAUACUGAAGAAAGACGUCAAGAUUGUUAAAGAGGUGUACGUGCCUAGUUUCCCUAUAUUAGUGGAGGAAUUCCUGUCCAAGCCCGGAGCGCUACAGGCUGUCUCCGAAGCCCUAAAAUCGAGUGGGUGCUCCCUGGCGCUCCUACUUGGCAUGAGUCUGCAGGACGGAUUGAAGCGAGACGCCGCUAUAUGUGGAAAUGAGCCCGAUAAGACUGCAAAGCUAGCCCAAUUUCUUCAAGACUGGACCGCACCACCUCUACAGCUGACUCCGACAGACCUUGAGUUCCCUAACACGUAUCACUUCAACCAACUGUACCUAGGUGCGUCUAGAAAACAGUACAUACCCGCUGUUAACGCGUUCUUACAGAACCCAUGAAAAUUUGAAUUUUAGUA